GUCUGUCAAUUCUAAAUAUACCCCCGUGCCACAGGCAGAGAGACAGAGAGACAGAGAAGCCAUCGCCUCGCCUCUCGCGGUCGUGAAAACACACGGGAGAUGGAGCCUCUGUUGCUGAUGAUGAUGAUGAUCUGGGCGAUCGGCCAUCCCGCGGAGAGUGUAAGAGAUGCCUCUCUGUGUGCAGCACUGCUCGUGAGUGGCGAGAACCAAGAAGCGCGACUGUUCAAAGACCUCAUGACCGGCUACCAGAAGGCGACGCGCCCGGUUAGCACCCAGGACACGGUGAUCGACGUGCUGGUCAAGAUGACGCUCACCAAUCUCAUCUCGCUGAAAGAGCGAGAUGAGAUUUUGACAACAAACGUGUGGCUUGAGCUGCAAUGGGUGGACGAGCGGCUCAAGUGGGACGAGACCGAGUAUGGGGGCAUCGACAUCAUUCGCGUGCCCUCGAAGAUGGUGUGGCUGCCCGACAUCGUGCUGGAGAACAACGUCGACGGCCAAUUCGAGAUCACCCUCUUCGUCAACGUGCUCAUAUAUCCCUGGGGCCUCGUGUACUGGUUGCCUCCCGCCAUCUACCGCAGCCCCUGCUCCAUCGUGGUCACCUACUUCCCCUUCGAUUGGCAGAACUGCUCGCUCAUAUUCAGGUCGCAGACGUUCAGCUCCAAGGAGAUCAACCUGGUGCUCACGCUGGAGGACAACGCCACCGUCGAGUGGAUUCACAUCGACCCGGAGGCCUUCACAGAGAACGGGGAGUGGUCAAUCCGCCACCGCCCGGCCAAGAAGAUCACCAACGAGCGGUUCCAGCCGGAGGACCUUGAGUACCAGCAGGUCACCUACUUCCUCAUCAUCAAGAGGAAGCCCCUCUUUUACGUCAUCAACAUCAUCCUGCCCUGCGUGCUCACCUCCUGCCUGGCCAUCCUCGUCUACUUCCUACCUGGCAAAGCCGGUGGACAGAAGAUCACUUUGUCCAUUAUGGUGCUGCUGGGGCAGACUGUGUUCCUCAUCCUGAUCUCCAAGAAAGUUCCCGAGACAUCUCAAGAUGUCCCACUCAUCGCUAAGUACCUCAUGUUCAAGAUGAUCGUUGUGGUCAUCAUCGUGGCCAACUGCGUGGUGGUCCUCAACGUGUCCCUGCGGACCCCCAACACUCACAGCAUGUCCCAGCGCACCCGAGAGAUCUUCAUCGAGCUGCUGCCGCGUCUGCUGCGGAUGAUCGCCGAGGAGAGCGCCGGCGAGCCGGAGCCGGAGGCCGAGCUGGGCUGGCCGGGUGGCCCUCCGAUGGCCGGGGACGGGCGGCCGCGACGGCGCAGCUCGCUGGGCCUCAUGGUGAAGGCCGAGGAGUACAUGAUGAGGAAGCCGCGCAGCGAGCUCAUGUUCGAGCGGCAGCGGCAGCGCCACGGUCUCACCGGGGCGCUCAACGGCUCCGACGGCGUGAACGUGGGCACGACUCCGGAGCUCUUCAAGAACCUGUCGCAGUACGGAGCGGAGAUUCGCUCCAUCGUCGACUCCUGCAAGUUCAUCUUCGAGUGCAUCCGCGACCAGAACGACCUCGCCAGCGAGAACGACGAGUGGAUCCUCAUGGGCCAGGUCAUCGACCGCCUCUGCUUCUGGCUCAUGAGCAUCCUUAUCCUGCUGGGCACGCUCAGCAUCUUCCUUAUGGGCCACCUGAACGCCGUGCCGCUGCUGCCCUUCCCCGGAGACCCCAAGACAUACACCCCCCCGUAGGGGGACCGCCACCCCCUGCACACCCCCCUCCCCCCAACCCACUCCCGGCCACACACACAAAG